CCUUUAGAACUGGUGUUAGAUAUUCUGCAACCCCUAGAGCUGUACCUUUCAUUUUAUUUAUCACAUCUUGCAUCGCCAUUCUGUUUAAAUUAUAUUUUCACUACAAAAUAAGAUAUAAAAAACAAAAAAUCCCGUUUCCUCGUGACCAGUUCGAUUGUGAAAUUGAAAUAAAAAUAUAAAUUUUAUUUGGUUCCGUUCCAAGAAGAACGUGAUGUAAUCGCAACAUGAAGUCUUGAAAGGACUAGGACGAGCUCUUCAGGAACCGCGGGAAAGCGCGGGAACGCAAAGGCAAAGUGGAUUUUACAAAAUCGGACUAAAAUCACAUCAAGAAACAGGCAUUUCUAGAUAUUUAAGGUUAUGGAUGCAUUUUUAAAAGGCUCCACAUCUUCUACGGCAUCUACGAAGAGCAAGUCACAGUCCACAAAGGAACCAAGAGCUGUACCAUGGGUAGAAAAAUAGUAAGUUUUUUAUAUCAUAUGCCCUCAUGAAACACUUCUGGGAAAGCUAUUCAGUAAACAAUUUAAAAAAUAAACUCAUAUAGAUUGUAAACUUUGUAGUCUACAAUGUUUAUUAUGUUAGGUAUAUAUGUAUAUGGCCUAACACCAGCAAAAUUCCAACCAAUUGCCAAUAUCAAGAUCAUGUUCAUGGCCUUUAAAUAUUUUGUCUUGUUUGCCUGAUUUGUAAGGCAAAGAAAUGAUAGUUUUUGUGGGAUGGGUCUAAAACUCAGGUGGGAUUCGGGAUUUUUAAUAAGAGAAAUAUUGGUCAGGUAGCGGAAUUUUUAUUCAUCGAGGGAAGAGAGAUUGAUAAAAAUACCAUAGCGAUAUGCAGGAAAGUCAUCCAAUUGAUUAGUGGGAUGCCGGAUAAAUCAACAAAACAUGCAGCCAUAUUUUAGCUUAGUCUUUACCUAAUCUGUUGUCUUUUGUUGUGUGUUCAAAAUUUACAGUUUUUAAGGGUGAUACUGAACAUUUGUCCCUCAUCCCCCCCCCCCAAAAAAAAAAGAAUUAGUUGUGAUUUAGUUUAUUGUAUUCUAGUGUAUUCAAUUCUAUGUCGUUAACAUGUUCUUUGAAUACCUAGUUAUGCAUUGUCUACAUCUGAAUUAUAAUACGUUGAGCAGUACUUAAUAUAUAAUAGAGAAAAAAAGGCGGAAGCGGGAAAUUGGGAUGAGGCAUGACAGAAAAUCAGGUGCAGGCACCUCAUUCAUCACAUGAUCCUAAGAGAAAUGUUGCUAAUGCACCUAUCAAUGUCUUCCCCCAAUGGGGGAGUGCGGGCAUAUCCAGAGGCUGUUGAAUCAUGGGCUGUAUGGAAUUCAAUCCAUGCUGAAUGCCCCUUGGGUCAUUCUUUUUUAUCCUUUUUAAAAUAUUUUUGAAUAAAAAUUUCUACCACAGCAGAUUGACCAAGUUAUAACUUUAACAGCACGAAACAGUAUUGCUUGAUUCACAAACUUAACCUGUAAAAUCAGAUCUAUGUACCUCAAGGGUCUUCAGAGCUUGGAUUUAUCUUGGUGAAAUUUAAUAUAAAAAUCCCCUGUGCACAAGGGCGUUAACUUGUUGUCAAUUGCCUGUGUAUAUACCUGCAUUCUCCCCAUUGGGGGAAGACACUGAUACAUGUACGUAGGUUCGUAAAGAUCCUAAAAAAUAGAGAUGUAACUUAAUUUUAGACAUACAAUUCACAGCCUGAAAUAACAGUCAAAAUUGUCUGGAAAAAAUGUCAGACCAAAAUGAAAUUUCAUCGCCUGAUAAUGAAUAUAUACAUGUAUGUUAUUCGAUCUUAAAAAUAAUUUGUUUUACCUUACUAUUGCUCAGUCGUCCGAAAUCUGUUGAUGAAGUUGCAUACCAAGAUGAAGUAGUGAAUGUUUUGAAAAGAACUUUGGAACUGGAUCAGGUGGGGGAACUUCCAAAUCUUCUUUUCUAUGGACCACCUGGUACUGGUAAAACAUCGACAAUAUUGGCAAUAGCUAGACAGUUAUAUGGGUGAGUGAUGUACAGUGUAUGGAUUAAAAAAGAUUCCUGGAUUUGCUAUUUCUUGUUGCAAAAAACUCAGAUACAUAGGGUAGGUCGGGUUCUUCUUUUGAGCUCACUCCCAUGAGAAUGAUAUUCUAUGUCAAUUACAUGUACAGCAGCAUAGAUAUGGCUCAAACAUAUGUUAAAUGUUAUAUCAGACGGGUUUUUUUAUUUUGCUCUGGGUGUGUGCCAAAAAUUUAGGGGGGCGGAGUGGAUGAGGGGCAGAGUGUGUGGUACUGCCAACAAGCUGCAGCAUGGGUCUGGGGACACAGUUGCUAAUGCACUAGUCAAUUGAAACCCCGGGACAGGGCGGGGGAAUUAAUGGGGGCAUGCGGGUCGAAGUAAGAUCAAGAAUUGCCUUCAAGAAUUUAAGAUCAAGAAUUGCCUUCACAUGUUGUGAACAUUUUAUAGUUCAACGAUUUCCCAUUUCCCAAGUCAUGAAAAUUUGCAAAGUGCUGGGGUCGUAGGGGCGGUAGCUUUAGCGGUCAAUAUACCCCUGGUAGUGGGGAAAUUACCAAAAUUUAACAUUGUCAAAAUGUUAAUUUCCCCACACUGUCCCGGGGGUCGGGGGGCGGGAUUGCAUUUUAGCCUUUAGAAAGGCUGAAAUGCAGUUUCUCGAAAACUACACUGGUGAUUUUCAAAUAACUUUCAAAAAAGAUUCAAAACUUCACAACAAUGUAUUUCUGCAAUUCUUGUACAAAACUAAUACACCAAACUGCAUGGGUACAGAAAAUUGCUGCCAAGAUCUUUGCAAAUUUCGGAUAAAAAUGGUGGGUGACUUCAAUUUUCUUAUUAUUCUAAGGGACGAAACAUUAGAACAGUGAGGGGGUGGGGGACAAUAGAAAAACGUUGAUACAAGCAAAACAUUUCUGCAAAUAUGGGUACAGCCAGAAGGUGGCAGAAAACCCCCAACACGAAAAAAACAUGCACACUGUAGAAUAAUUUGUAAUACUACAGUAUAUUAUUGAUAACGACGUAGGAUAACAAACAAUGGGUGAUUUAGUUGAUUGACGUAAGAAAUGUAUCGUAUGUCAUAAAUAAUAGACUUCGAAUUGAUUGUCAGAACUGAAAGCACCAGAGAAAACCAGAAGGAUUGUUUGUUAUAUAUUUUAUCGUUUGAAUAGUUUAAAUAAAUAUGUUUUAAAGUACGCGUGUGUGUUCUAUUUCCGAUGGUAUUGUUCUGAUAGUAUACAGUCCCCACGAAGCGCAACUGUCUUGCGGUGUAAGACAGAAAAGUGCAAUACACACCAAGCGAACCGUAAAACAUCCAUGCAUGGCAGAAACUCCCCCCCCCCCCCAAAUAACCAAAAUUAGCCUUCCAACUUUGAUGAAUGUUAACAUGCAUGACUUAAUGUCACAAUAGUCGCCAGUGCCCUAUAAUAUAUGCCCUACUUUGCUGUACUGUAUUGUGCGAGCAAUAACAGGCGGCUGUUUUAUCAGGCUAUAUAAAAAGCCUUACUGUAAUCAGUAAUUAAAAUGAAGAUUAGUUUGUUCUUUUACCGAAAGUGACCAGUCAAAAUGACCGGCAAGGUAAGAAUUUGAGCGGACAACUCCGCAUUCUGGCCGGACAUUGUCCGUUGACCGGCUGUUAUUUCACGCCCUGCUUUGCCGUACUGUAUGGUGCUUUGCCGUACUGUAUGAUGCUUUGCCGUUCUGUAAAUAUUGUGCUUUGUCGUACUGUAUUGUGCUUUGCGGUACUGUAUUGUGCUUUGCCGUACUGUAUGGUGCUUUGCCGUACUGUAUGGUCCUUUGCUGUACUGUAUGGUGCUUUGCCAUACUGUAUGGUGCUUUGCCGUACUAUAUUGUGUUUUGCCGUAAUGUAUGGUGCUUUGCCGUACUGUAUGGUGCUUUGCCGUACUGUAUGGUGCUUUGCCGUUCUGUAUUGUGCUUUGUCGUACUGUAUUGUGCUUUGCGGUACUGUAUUGUGUUUUGCCGUUCUGUACGGUGCUUUGCCGUACUGUAUGGUCCUUUGCUGCCGUAUUGUAUUUUGCCGUACUGUAUGGUGCUUUGCCAUACUAUAUGGUGCUUUGCCGUACUAUAUGGUGCUUUGCUGCCGAACUAUAUUGUGUUUUGCCAUAAUGUAUGGUGCUUUAUCGUACUGUAUUGUGCUUUGCGGUACUGUGUUGUGCUUUGCCGUACUGUACGGUGCUUUGCCGUACUGUACGGUGCUUUGCCGUACUGUAUGGUCCUUCGCUGCCGUAUUGUGCUUUGCCGUAAUGUAUGGUGCUUUGCCGUACUGUAUGGUGCUUUGCCGUACUGUAUGGUGCUUUGCCGUACUGUGUGGUGCUUUGCUGUACUGUAUUGUGCUUUGCUGUACUCUAUGGUGCUUUGCCGUACUGUGUGGUGCUUUGCUGUACUGUAUUGUGCUUUGCUGUACUGUAUGGUGCUUUGCCGUACCGGUACUGUAUAGUGCUUUGCCGUACUGUAUGGUGCUUUGCUGUCGUACUAUAUUGUGUUAUGCCGUGCUGCAUGGCGCUUUGGCAUGCUGUAUGGUGCUUUGCUGUACUGUAUGGUGCUUUGCUGUACUGUAUGGUGCUUUUCCGUCCUAUAUGGUGCUUUGCCAUACUGUAUUGUGCUUUGCCGUACUGUAUGGUGCUUUUCCGUCCUGUAUAGUGCUUUGCUGUACUGUAUGGUGCUUUGCUGUACUGUAUGGUGCUUUGCCAUACUGUAUUGUGCUUUGCCGUACUGUAUGGUGCUUUUCCGUCCUGUAUAGUGCUUUGCUGUACUGUACUGUAUGGUGCUUUGCUGUACUGUAUGGUGUUUUUCCGUCCUGUAUAGUGCUUUGCUGUACUGUAUGGUGCUUUGCUGUACUGUAUGGUGCUUUGCCGUACUGCAUUGUGCUUUGCCGUACUGUAUGGUGCUUUUCCGUCCUGUAUAGUGCUUUGCUGUGCUGUACUGUACUGUACUGUACUGUAUGGUGCUUUGCUGUACUGUAUGGUGUUUUUCCGUCCUGUAUAGUGCUUUGCUGUACUGUAUGGUGCUUUGCUGUACUGUAUGGUGCUUUGCCGUACUGCAUUGUGCUUUGCCGUACUGUAUGGUGCUUUGCUGUACUGUAUUGUGCUUUGCCGUACUGUAUGGUGUUUUGCUGCCGUACUAUAUUGUGCUUUGCCGUACUGCAUGGUGCUUUGCCGUACUGUAUGGUGCUUUGCCGUACUGUAUUCUGCUUUGCUAUACUGUACUGUAUUGUGCUUUGCCGUACUGUAUGGUGCUUUGCGGUACUGUAUGGUGCUUUGCCGUAGUGUAUUGUGCUUUGCCGUAGUGUAUUGUGCUUUGCAUUACUAUAUGAUACGUUGCGGUACUGUACGAUGCUUUGCCGUACUGUAUGGUGCUUUGUCGUACUAUAUUAUGCUUUGCCGUAGUGUGUUGUGCUUUGACCAGACCAGAGACGCAACUAUACAAAAUCUAUUUACAUGUAUAAAAUAAUUAAUGACCAUGCCGCCCCAAAUUUAAAACAACUAUUUCGACGAUGCAGUGAAGGCGAUUCCCCUUAUGAUCUUAGGAAUCGUGAAAAUGAUCUAGUAUUACCAAAACCAAAGAAAGAAUUUCUUAAAAGAAGUUUUAAAUACAAUGGAGCUAUCCAUUGGAAUAAUCUGUCUAUUGAAGCAAAAAGCGCUGAUUCCGUUUAUUCAUUCAAGAGAAUUAUAAAAUCUACGGCGAGGUGAAGCUGACCUGUCCUCAAUAAUAUUUAUUUGUUUCGUUUAUAUAUUUUUGUCUACCUGUUAGUCUUUGUAUGCUUCAUGUAACUUUAAUUUGUACAUAUUAUUUGUGUAAUUAGUUAGUUAACACGCCCCUCAUGAAAAACAGCUGAUGUUGAUGAGGCUAGCGUGUCAAAAUGAAGUAUUAUGUAUGUAUGUAUUGUGCUUUGCCGUACUGUAUGGUGCUUUGCCGUAGUGUAUUGUGCUUUGCCUUACUGUAUGGUACGUUGCCGCACUGCAUUGUGUUUUGCCGUACUGUAUGGUGCUUUGCCGUACUGUAUUGUGCUUUGCCGUACUGUAUGGUGCUUUGCCGUACUGUAUUGUGCUUUGCCAUAGUGUAUUGUGCUUUGCCUUACUGUAUGGUACGUUGCCGCACUGUAUUGUGUUUUGCUGUACUCUAUGGUGCUUUGCCGUACUAUAUGGCGCUUUGCUGUACUGUGCGAUGCUUUGCCGUACUGUAUGGUGCUUUGUCGUACUGCAUUAUGCUUUGCCGAACUGUAUUGUGCUUUGCGGUACUGUAUUGUGUUUUGCCGUACUGUGUUGUGUCGUACGGUGUUGUGCUUUGCCGUUCUGUAUGGUAUUUUCCCGUACUGCAUGGCGCUUUGCCGUAUUCUAUGGUGCUUUGCCGUACUGUAUUUAUUUAUUUAUUAUGCUUUGCCAAUUUCACACAAUCAUAUGUGCACAAAUACAAACACAAGAAUAUACAAAAUAUCAAUCAAUCAAUGGCAGGGUAUAUGCUACAGCUUUACGCCAAUUACAGCAGCCCUUACAGAACGAACAUGACACAUUCUACAUUAGAUCUUUAGUAAUAUAAAAAGGCCAGUCAGUUGCACCCAGGAAAACCCUCCGCAGGAUAGUAAUGGAAGGAAAGUUACAUAGUGCUAAAGUCGUUAGUUCCAACGCUGUCCGCUCCUGUGGAAAAUUUUCCUGAGUGGAAAUUAGCCAACAAUGAAGCUUAACAAGACCAACACAGAGACACACAUUAGAAUUAAUAACAACACGAAUUUGAACAAGACAAAUUACGGGACUUGUUACAAGACAAACAUACAGACUUCCUUGUUCUAGGAUUUUCUGCGUCGUAAAUGUUCAGAGCCGAUUUGUAAUAUUCAUAGAGAUCGCUUUUGAAACGACCUAAGCUUAUGUCCUUUAAAUUGUUGUCAACUCUUUUGGUAGAACAUUCCAUACUCUCGCACACCUGGAUAUAAACGAUCUCUGGAAUGUUGCAGUCCUACACUUCGGCGUGGUGAACAUCAAACAGUCAGGGGUCAGCUGAUCGCGUUGCUCUCUGCCGGAUCUGAAUUGAUGGUAGAAUGUUGCCAUUGAUGUUUAUUAUCCCAUUUACACAUUUAAAGUAAAACACCAGAUCGAGGAAUUCGUGCCAAUAGCAGAGCGGAAUGAGGUCUAACAGUUCGAGUCUCUUACUAUAGCUGACAUCGCAGAUGAAUGGUAGAUCCAAAAUAAACUUGCUCGCGCGCCUCUGGAUUCUUUCCGUGCGUUUGAUCAGUUCCACGGAUUGUGGAGCCCAGACUUGAGACGCAUAGCAUAGUUUUGAGCGUACAAGAGUCAAAUACAGAGUACGACCAACCGAGAUAGUUUUUAUGUCCAGUGUAGAUCGCCUUACGUAGCCGAGCAUUUUGGUUGAUUGAGCACAUUGGUCCUCAAUAUGUUUGGACCAAGUCAGACUGGAAGAAGUCCACACUCCCAAAUCACGUUCGUGAACAGCGCUUUUCAGAACAGCAUCAUGUAGCUUGUAGGGAUAUUCUAUUUUGUGGUGUUUUCUGGUUAUUCUCAUGACUUUACAUUUUUGAGCGUUUGGAGUUCUCUUCAAAAUUUGUUAGGUCCUCUUGUAGCGAUGAUGCGUCGGACACGUUAUUUACAGUUUUAAAGAUCUUUGUAUCGUCCGCAAAUGUUGCAAUGCUGGAGUUGCCCACGCUUUCGGAGAGGUGGUUUUCGUACAAGAGAAACAGUAAAGGACCGAGAAUAGAGCCCUGCGGUACACCUGAUGUCACUGCUAACGGUCUUGAUGUUGCUCCAUCAAUUGUUGUCUGCUAAUAACGAUUGCUGAGGUAGGAUGAAAACCAGUUGAGAAGGUUACCUCGAAACCCGAACUCGUGUAAUCGGUGCAUGAGCUGAGCGUGACUUACUUUAUCGAAAAUCACGUCUAUCUGCUUACCGUUGUCUAAUUUCCGACCUAUCUGUUCGAAUACUUCGGCAGUUGCGUUACGCAUGACUUUCGUGGAACAAAACCGUGUUGGCAAGGGUUGAUUUGUUGAAAAACAUGAUGUUGGAUGUUAUGGAAAACGCAAUGCUCGAGGACUUUGGAGAUAAGGGAAAGCAACGAGAUUGGACGGUAGUUCUCGACAUAGGAUUUCUCACCCGUUUGUGUACUGGUACGACAUUCGCUAAUUUCCAAUCAUCAGGAAGAACACCACAACGUAAAGAUUUGUUGAAGAGAGCGCAGAGUGAAGGAGCGAUUUGGGAUGAUGUUUCCGUCGACAAACGUGCUGGGAUUCCGUCUGGACCAUGAGCUUUAUUGUUAUUUAGAUUAGUGAAUAUGGUUAUUACUUCGUCGUUAGUCAGUGUUAUGUCUUCCAAAACAAUUUCUGGAUCCGAGUGUUCUCCUAGAUUGUGGUCACUAUUGUUGUCAUGCGUAAAAAUUGAGGCGAAAUAUUCGUUAAAAGUAUUCGCAAUGUCUACGUUGUUGUUGGAAUACGUUCUUUGAUUUUCACUAGAUUUAACCGAGACUUUUAACGGAAUAUUAGAUACCUUAGACUCAAUCUUGAAAAACGACCAGAAACGUUUAGGAUUGGGUUCACGAGAUGCACUGAUUGAAUUGAUAUAGUCCAAGCGACUUCCACGCAACAUUCUUUUAAUUGUCCUGCGGAGCUCUCGAAAUCUGUGCUUGAGGUGUUCACUUGGAUGUCAGGAUCUUUUAAUUCUCGUUCUUAUGGAGUUUUUCUUCUUGAUGUAGUGAAGUAUUGUACUGUUCAUCCAAGGGAGAUGGUUUCGACCUCGUAGUGUUUUUGUCGGCACAAAUUUCGAUAACGCGCCCAAAAACGCAUUUUCCACGCGAGCCAAUCCUGGUUGAUAUUGCCGUUCUCUGAUAUAAGUUCACUGAGGUCGAGGGAUUGAAGAUGCUUUCGUAGACCAUCAAUGUCAGCGCGUCGGUAAUCAAACACUGAACGUUUUAUCUUUGGGAAAGGAUUGCAUGGGAGGAAGAGGUCGAAAAUAAUGGCGUUGUGGUCGGUUGAAAUGUCUGAAUCACUUGGUUUUAAAAAUUCGCAUAUCUUGAUUCGGUCGGGAACACUAGUGAUAACAAUGUAUGGUGCUUUGCCUCUCUGUAUUGUGUUUUGCCGUGCUGUAUGUUGCUUUCUGUACUGUAUGGUGCUUUUUAUUAUUAUUAUUAUUAUUAUUAUUAUUAUUAUUAUUAUUAUUAUUAUUAAUGGUUUAAGAUACACACCUUCGCAAUAGAUUGAAUUAUGGUGCGUUUACAAAAUUAGUACGCUAUAUAUAUUUACUAUAUAAAAAGUUAAAUUACAUGCAUGAAGUCUAAAAAUCUUAUUGAAUUGCUAUUAAAAUCAACGUAUUUAAGUAUCACGCUUAAAUUUCUUUACUAUAACUAUUAUAUAAAGCUACUGUACUGGGAAAAAAGCUACGGCGAUAUCUUUCUGUUCGGCAUUUUAUUGUUGUUAAUGUGUUAGAGUUUCUAAGUUCAUAAUCAUUUGAACUAGCCCUAGACAAUGGAACAUAUUUUGACAGUGGUCCUCCAAUUUCUAUGCGUUUCAUAGUGUUGAGGCAAUGUUGUUCUCGCCUUUCAUCCAAUCUGGAACACCCAAGUUGUGCUAAUGCUUCCCUAUAAGAGUAACCCGUUAAAAUAAUCCUCAGCGCUCGUUUUUGCACUCACUCUUCGCCGUAUUGUAUAGUCCUUUGCCGUAAUGUAUUGUGCCUUGCCGCACUGUAUUGUCUGGUAAAUAUUGGAAGUUUAUAUACAUACGUAUUAUAUACAUUAAAACCAAUCACAACCACAAAUAUCAAGAAUAUUUAUAAGACAUUCAGUAGAAGGAAUAAAACUACGUUUGAAACGUUCUGUUGUACAUUUUGGUAAUGUGUGGCAUUCGUUCUGUUGAAGAUUAUCGUGUUCAUUAAUGCUAAUGGUUGGUAUAUAAAAGAUGGUGAAAUCGAUAUUCAGACAUUCAGUAUUACAGAUUUUAUUUAAGUUUUGCUGUACAAAUGGUCACGUCUUUCACGUAUAAGUAUACACCAUGAUGGAGAUAGAGCAUGGUCAUAAUGAAGUCUGGGUACAUAAUUGUACACAGGGCCGCCCAGAGGGGGGAGGGGUAAAUUUCACCAGGCACCUAGUUGAAGGAGAGUCCCCCAAAAUGUAAAAAACUUGCAGAGAAGGGGCCCCCAAAUUCAAGAUUUUCGGGAAUAUUCUGAAAUGUCCAAGGAAAGUCUUAAAAGUUUACGAGUUUGGGUUCGAUAAAAGCUUUUCGGGCCCCCCUCUUUAUUAGAUAUGGUUCUGGAAUAUCUUUGGGCGACUCUGAUUGUACAUCGAAUUACCUGCAUUAACGGAUGCAUUGUGGCUUAACGUUCUUCAGUUAUUCCUCGGUACUGUAGGUAUUGGGCACGAUUUUAUUUUUAAAAAUUUAAGAAAUGUUUUUGAACCCCGACCCCACGUUUUCUUUGUAUUAUUUUGUAUUGUAUUCAUGGUUUUGUAUUGAAUUCAUCAGGAAUUGUUAUGUAUUCAGAUUUGGGUAGAGUACAUUUGUACGUUGCAAUAAAAAACACUGUAUUUUUUCAUGAUUUGGUUUGACAAACAUUAAAAAAAGCUCCUUUGUCUUUCAGUAUUAAAAAAACCCAACUUAUAAGGUAAAACUAGUCUCUGUCUUAAAACAUAAUUAAAUAGUGCGGUUCCAUUCUACUUUUUAUACAAUUACGAUUUUUUCUUUCGUCCGAGCUGGGUGAAAUUAAAUAGAACGCCAUUUUGCUUGCAUCCUGAAAACAUAAAAAACUCACUCCAAAAAAGGAAUCAAUUUUAAAUAACUCCACCAAAAAUAGUUAAUCAUGCAUAUACAAACUAGUUCCCCAACACGCUUUAACUUCUCCAAUAGAAUUAACUCCAAAUAUGAAGUUAACAUAAGUUCAUAACCAUAAAAUUUUUAACUAAGAUGAAAACACUGUAGUUUUCUUUUUACCGAAUGUUUCGUUUGGUGAUUUGAGUUAAUAAGCCAUUACAUUACAAUGUAUUAUAUCUUUUAGACCUGAACUUAUGAAGGAUAGAGUACUGGAGUUAAAUGCCUCAGAUGAAAGAGGAAUUGAGGUAUGCAGCGCAAAACGGAUAAAAAAACAUACUAUACAAAGUUGAAACAAAAUACAAAACAUACUGACUGCGCAUUGAGAUAAACUGCCUAUCUUUUUCUUGAAGCCAAAUUUUGACCCCCGGACGCUCGUGAUCAUAUCAUGAUUGACUGAUUGAGUGCUCUUCGCACGUGUGAAAUGACUGGGACUGGCCCUCAAAUUUCCGGUUAGAGGUAGCGUUCCAGCUACAGUGUAUAUUCAUUUCAAUGGCUUGAGGGGACCUUGAUAAUUUCGGAUACCACUUAAACCUGAACUCAAUCAAGGGCGGAUUUUCAUACUGAGCGAGCUUCGGUAGGGGUUAGGCGUUAGGGUUAAAGACAUUCAUAGCUUUGAAAAACUUUGAGUAAAAUAGUGAGACCCCAGCGCUUCAUAAAUUGUAGUUGUAAUACAAAGUCAUGUAGGAUUGGAAGGCCUUGUGUGAUCGGCGAAGUAUUUCGUAGUACGCAUGCAAAUUUAGGAAAGUUAUACUUUUUAUUUCCUUUCGUUACAAUUUUAGGUUGUUCGAAACAAAGUAAAAAAGUUUUCCCAAAGAGCUGUUUCUUCAACAACUCCAAGGUAUUUUACUAAAGCCUGGUCGAUUUUUCUCCUCCAGGCAAAUGUGAUAGAAUGAAUGACAUUACUUCUGAAUAGCGACUCUGUACCUUUGUGUGCGAGUUCACUCAUUUGCAUCCGUCAGAAACACAAAAUUGCCAUUGUGAACCAGGCCUAAACAAAUAUAUAUAAGAGAAGCACGGGUCACAACCGGAAAUUGCACAGAAAAUUGGGUAACUACAUACUUCAUCUUGCACGGAUAUUUUGGAUCCGUGUACCACUAUCCUUAGACAAUAUUUUACGCUAUUUAAUAAUGCAAAGUUUGUGAGGGUUCACGCAAGAUGAAGUACUUACCGAAAAUUGGCCAUGUCGUCGCUGAGCAUUAACUACAUAGCAUCAUUGGCUCAGUUAAGAAUCUUCCGCACGCGUUUUGCCUUGCUUUUCUUUGACCACUGAUCUCAUAUAACUAGGACUGGAUAGAAAAUCUGCCAUGCAUAAACGAAGCCAAUGGAUGGCUUUUUAUUAUACUGUAUAUUUUUUCAUGAAGUAUAAUUAUACGUCUUUUUCAUGAAGUAUAAUUACGUCUUUUUCAUGAAGUAUAAUUACGUCUAAUUGCGUGUGUACAUGCAUUUGCAUGAACAGUAUAUAAAUAAUUAGUCGUAUCAAUAAUAAUGUUGACUAUUCGACACUUUUCAAUAUACCGGAAUCAUGAGCUUGCGUUUUGUUGGGUUUUUUUUGUGAAGGGUAAAAAAAUAAUGUUGACUUUUAAUAUACCUACGUAAUUAUAUAUACGCUUGCUUUUUGAGGGGUUUAUUGAAAGGUGAUAAUUAAGCUGUUACUCUUAAUUAAAGACUUUUUGUUCAUCAGCGCAGUUACACGCAUCGCGGAUGUCGAAGUGGAAACAAAGCUAUAUAAGGGCUGGAUUGUAGGAGUAGCGAUUCAAAAAUUAAAUACUAUUGGGUGGUUAUGGCAAUUGAUACAACAGAUCUGAUCAUGUUCGCGAAAGAUAUGUGUUUAAUAAGCUAUGUGGCGAAUAUAAAGUUGAUAACGGUAGAGGUGGUGGUCUUCGUUGUCAAUAUUGUUCUCUGUGUCCUUGGAACGGUGGCUAACGGUGUGGUUAUCGUGGCAUAUUGUCGCAACCGUCGUUUACGAACAUUGCGCAACUUUAUUUUUGCCGCACUUGCUAUCACAGACAUAACAGUAACUGCUUGUGUUCAACCUAUAUAUAUCACGUAUGACAUCAUUCGCUUCAUCCAUGCAAAAACAUGUAGUUUUGCGCUUAUUUCUGUCAGCGUUUUCACCAGUUUUGUUUGCGUUGUUUUAUCCCUAUCAACUAUUCUUGUUCUCACUAUGGUAAAUUUCAUCGCCUUGGCUUACCCCUAUCAUUAUGCAAGCAUCGUCACAAAGUAUCGCUUGAAAGCAACGCUUCUUGUUCUGUGGAUGUUUGUUUUGAUUUUAUUGAUAGUUUCGAUAUUCGUCACGCGAAAGCUUGUUCAUUAUGGAAUAGCAUGUACAGCUGUGAUAACUAUGUCCAUCGUUGUUCUCACUUGGAUUUGGAAAUUGAAGCUUAUUCGUCGACAUCGCAAUGCUAUUCACGAAGCUCAGCCUUCAUCACUUCGUGAGAUUACAAAUAGAAAUAAGAUCAUGAGAUCAACUGUUACCGCUUUUCUUGUCAUGUCAAGUCUGUUCAUAUGUUAUUUGCCAUGUGUGUGUUUCUUUGUUUAUUUUUCAUUCGGUCAAAUUUCGAUGGCUGUUGGAGAAAUUUGGCUUCACACAGCGCUGACGAUGGCGUUUGCAAACUCUGUGUUCAACCCCUUUCUUGUAUUCUGGCGUUGCAGCGACUUUAGACAAACUGCGGCCAGUCUUUGCUAAGACUUGAUAUUUUUGACGACAAAUAUUGCCCGACCUAUGCUGCAGCCCGUAGAGUCGUGUACGUUUAAUAGAGGACUUUUCUUCGCGAAAAAAGGCGUUUGACAAAAGGCGCGUGCACACCACUGGUGCACACAUGUUUUGAAGUUCGCGCCAAGAACUUCAUCAUCAUGGUGGCUUUGCCCACGCUCGACGAGCGAUUAAUACGACCAAUUUUAAUCACGUAAAAAAUCAGUCGCGCGGGCACGCCAAGAAAGUUGAAUGUAGUUCUACUUUCAUGGCGUGUCCGCGAGCAGUCCUCUGUAGCCCUAUGGCCUAUUGCGUGCACAACAUGAAAGUUGAACUACAUUGAACGGCGGCCAUGUUGUUGUGAAUUCUUUUCCAGCUGGUAAUUCCAGCAAAUAUAGAAUAAAAGUUAUUCCGAAUAAGCAAUGCAUAAUAAUAACACACAAUUAAUAACAUGCACAUGCACAGUCACACAAUGCUGAAGAUGAAUCAGAUUUGAUUCGAAAUAUACAGUUUUUAUAAAUUAUGUGUUAUUAUUAUGCAUUCCUUAUAUAGGGAAUAACUUUUAUUCUAUAUGACAGUUGUUGUGACAAUUCGACAGUGGUGUUGCUAUGUUAGAAGAGGUUCAUAAAGUUUCUGGUAAUUGCAGAUAGGAAUAGAAACUGCCUAGAGUAGAGUGAAAAUCGUUAAUAGUGUCAUUUUUUCAUCUGAAAUUUGCGAGUGUCAGUGAAUAAUUAAUGAAGUCACGGCAAUCAUUAGAAGAGCCUUCAAGAGGUGCGUAGUUAUGUAGAAAAAUAUAUUUGCUUGAUAGUAUAAUUAAUUUAAACACGUAGCGAUUUGAUUUGUAAAGGACAGAUUAUAAAUUUCUCCUCGUUAUAAAUAUUCUGGAUUUAAAAUUAAUUCCCUGAAUUCAAAAGGUUAGUCUAUCCAGUACUAGUUUUGAGACCAGUGGUAACGUUUAAAAAAUAAAGCACAGGCUGAUGUUAUUGUAGUAAAUGAUCGUAAUUCGCCCCAUCUUCAAUGAAAACAUUUUCCAUAUUUCUGUACAGUUAUACAGGGUGUCUAAAAAAAACACUAUGGAAAUUCAGCAGGCUGUCGUGGAUCAUAAACGUGGCUAAACAAUUCAAUUUUUACAUAGGACGAAAGAACAGUUAUUUAGCUUUUCAAUGAUACUCUUUUUAAAUCGUAACGAUGAAAAAUGGCCACAUACUCGUCAAAUAAAAAUUGCCGGUCGAAAUCACAUUCUUCCACCGUUGGGAAUUGCAUGGAAAACGAAACAUAAACAAUUCCCAAGUGGGAAUUAUAAUUGAAUGUUAAAUUAUCUAAAAUAAGCUCAACUCGUCAAUCUUCGUCUUAGUGAGACCAUAAGAACGUCCAUUAUUGCAUUAAACAUGGUUCAAUUAACCACUGAACCAUAGAUAUCUAUGCACUGAACAGAGAGCAUUCGUAAUCAAAACGUUUUACGAAACAAGUACCUUGCAGCAGACUCGCGAUGCUUUUGGAUUGAUCAACUUUGCAUAAUUAAUGUAUUUUCAAUUCCCAACGGUGGAAGAAUGUGAUUUCGACCGAAAAUUUUUAUUUCACGAGUAUGUGGCCAUUUCUCAUCGUUACGGUUUAAUAAAUAUAUCAUAGAAAAGCUACAUAACAGCUCUUUCGUCCUAUGUAAAAAUUGAAUUGUUUAGUUAAAUUUGUGAUGCACAACAGCCUGUUGAAUUUCCAUAGCGUUUUUUUUUUAGUUUCCAUAGCGUUUCGUUAGCGUUUGCGGUUUUUUUUUAAUUUCCAUAACGUUUUUUUUUUAGUUUUUUUUUUAAUUUCCAUAGCGUUUUUUUUGUAGAAACAUGCGUGGGAGAACGACAGAUUAUCAGUGACAGUGGGGAAACGAGCCCAGGUUAUUUCGAGCUCUCCCAAAAAAACACAAGUGUUUGUAGAAACAUAGUCAUAGGGGGAAAUGUUUUCUAUUUCCUUCAUAAUAUAACUCAAGAAAAAGUCAUUUAUAUCGAUUAAUUUACAAAUUCUCAUUAUCUCGGCAUAAAGUCAAUUCGAUCGGUUGCCCGCUCUUUGCUCCUGUCAACAAGUUUUACUCUAAUUAUAUGAACGUAUGUAUGGCCCAUGUUCUCGUACUAAUAAUGCAUAUUAUUUUAAUCGCCGUAAUUAUACAAAGGAGAGUGAUCCAGUAAUAUAUGCGCAUUCUUAUUACACUGAUCAGAAAUAUCAAUACCGACAAGCUGCCGUCUGUUAUUUCUAUUCCAAGAUCAAUUUUGACAGCAUGCCUGUAUAUAUUUACUUUUUUUGCAGGUGGCCAAAACUAAUUUGCAGUUAGCCCCACGUACAAUGCGAGCAUGGGGGUCGCAGGAAAUUUGUGGUAAAUUAAUUAGUCCUCAGAAGGUCAAUGUUUGGCUAUAGGAACAUCACUUAGCCCUUGAGUUUUUUUGCAGAAAAGACAACUAUUAACUACGAUCUGAGGAAAUCUGCAAAACGAUACUCAUGGGAAAAUUCAAACAUACCAGUGUGCGCAGGACCUUCUGACCCAGGUUUGCAGGAGUCGCCAGAACGGGCUUUAUGAUUGGUUGAUCAUAACAAUAACAGACACAACUCGUCCCCGAGCCUGCGAUCCUCGGGAAGGAACGUGAGGCUCUGGGAUAAUCCGUUGCCGGAAGCCAGGAAUCCUGGCUAAGAUUGAACUGCGCAUUCUAUAUCAACGGCCAAUCAGAUUCCUCCCUGAAACGGAUUAUCCCAGAGCCUCGCGUUCCUUCCCGAGGAUCGCAGGCUCGGGGAACGAGAUUGUAACAGACAAUGAACUAUAGAAGUCAUCUUUCAAAAGAAUGAUGCUUUAAUGCUUUAAUGAAAUACUCCUAAAACAGUAUUAUACUACACUAGAAGGAGUUAUGUAUACUGAAAAACUAGAUAAUAUUUAUAUUUAUUUACAAGAAAGUCUUCAUAAUCACUGUAUGACACAUAUAUUAGGCGGUGAUUAGAAUGUUGUUGUUAUAUGCUAUUAACAACAACAAUGACAAAAACGACAACGACAACAACCUAAGACUACAAAACGAACAUAUAGUACAGUACAAACGAUUCAAAACAAUACUAAUUAGCUAUAUACAUUAUAUACAUUGACACACGACUGAAUUUGGCGGUAAGGACAGAUAUUAGGCAGCCUGGAUGCUCUAGUCCAAGGACACACGUCAUCAGGAAGACUGAUUCCAACAAGGCCUUGAUGGAUCUUGUAGAACAUAGUGGCUUGGUGUAGCAGUCGCCGUUGUUGGAGUUUGUCCCAACCCAGGUGGUCGAUCAUUGGAGAGACGUGGCUAGCUCUGGAAUAGUGAUUGAAGACAAAUCUAGCAGCUCUGCGUUGAACCAUCUCGAUCUUAUUGAUGUUCCUCUUGGUGUAAGGGUUCCAGACUGUAGAAGCAUACUCAAGUUGUGGACGGACAAGACUAGUAUACGCUCUUGACUUAACAGCAGCGCUACGUUCUAAGUAAGCCAAGAGUGCUAUUUGCCUUACUACAUAUGAUGUCACAAUGAUUGUUCCAGUUCAAGUUGUGGUUUAUAGUAAUGCCCAGGUAUUUGGUAGAAGAUACUCUGCUAAUUGUUUGAUUAUUCAUCAUAUAACUAUAUAUGUUUCAGGGACACGUUUAUUUGUAAUUCCUAGGUGGUAGCAUUUUGAGAAAUUGAAAUUUAGUUGCCACUUGUUAGCCCAAUUAUUUAGAUUGUCUAAAUCCUCUUGUAACGUGACGUGGUCCUGAUCGUUAUUAAUUUCUCUAUAAAUGACUCCAUCGUCAGCAAACAAGCGAAUUUGGGAUUUAAUAUUCUCAGAAAUAUCGUUUAUAUGGAGAAGAAAUAAGACAGGUGCGAGAAUUGUUACUUGGGGUACUCCAGAUAUGACAGGUUGAGGGUGAGAGUGGGAGCCAUUAACCGAGACAACUUGAGAGCGGUUGGAAAGAAAAGCCUUGAUCUAAUUGGCGGAAAGUCUUCUAAUACCAUAAUGGUCUAAUUUGGACAUCAUGCGAAGAUGAGGAACAGAAUUAAAGGCUUUACUGAAGUCUAAGAGAAUCACAUCGGUUUGUUUCUUCUGGUUGACACUUUUUGCCCAAUCGUUGAUUGCCGUAAUUAGUUGAGUCUCACACGAAAAUAGUUUGCGAAAUCCGUGUUGUUCAUUAAUUAGAAUAUCAUGAUAUGCUAAGUGCUUUAAAACAUGGCUAAGAAUGAUAUGUUCCAUGACUUUGCAACACAGACACGUCAGAGAGAUUGGACGGUAGUUAGCUGGGUUGGAUUUUAAGUCCUUUUUAAAAACAGCAGAAACAAGGGCCUUUGACCAGUCAGGUGGAAGUGUACCAGAAUCAUAGGAUUGUUGGCAAAUGAAACAAAGCCAGUGCGAAAUUCAUGGAGAAAGUUCUUUAAGGAUUCUAGCUGGGAUUUAAUCAGAACCACAGGCCUUACUGGGGUUAAGUUCAGAGAGUUGCUUGGCUACACCUUGGGAGUUGAUUAUCAAAUCUGAGAUGGAGGUGUAUGGAGAUUGACCUUUAUUUGGAAUUGGAGAUUCUCACGGGUGAAUACUGAAUGGAACUGGGAGUUAAUGGCGUCAGCUUUUGAUUUAUCAGAAACACAUAAUUUGUCGUUGAAUUUUAAUGGAGGUAUGCCAGAGCUCUCAGAUUUACUUGUACGUACAUACGACCAGAAUUUCUUUGGAUUGAUAUCUAAGCUUGCGCCAAUAACGUCAUUCAGAUAACUACUGUGAGAUUGUUUGACGAGACGAGAGACUAAGUUUCGUUCUUUCUUGAACUCAUCCCAGUAUUUAGGUUUGUGAGAUUUGAGAGCCUUUUUAUGUAGGCGAUCUUUCAGCCGCAUGUGCCGUUUGAUAGCAGAGGUUAUCCAUGGAAGUUUAUAUUUAAGCGUAGAUUUCUUGUGAGGAACAUAAUCUUGAAUACCUUUUGUCAAGGUUAAUUUAAAUUUUAACCAGUUUUCAGAUACAGAGUUACGUUGAGGACUAGAUAGGAAAAAGUUUUCCGAUGCAUGUGACAUAAAUGACAUCUCUUAUGUGACAUAAAUGACAUCUCUUAUAGAUGAAAACUUUGUGUGGAGGUUUGAACGAUCUAGUAGCCGCGACAUCGAUGUUAAAAAGGACGGCCAAAUGGUCGCUGAUUCCUGACGUGGUCGAAACAUUAGAUACAUUAUUAGGGAAUGAAGACAAUAACAAGUCCAAGUUUUUGUUAGAAGCUGAACGAGCAGGGAACGUGAUGUGUUGUGUAAGGGAGAAGUCGUCAAGUGUCUGGAGAAGUUUCUUAUGAUGUAAGGAAUUGAUUUCACUUGAAAGUUCUGGCGACUCAGAUUUCCAGUUGAUGUCUCCAAGGUUAAAAUCACCGCCUAGAAUAAUAUUUGGAUGAUGAUUAGUCGAUGAUUAGUCGGAAGAGGAGUUGGGAGGUCUGUAAUAGGAUGCUAAGUAUAAUUUCUUGGAAUUCUGGAACUUUACUGAGGACCAAAGAAUUUCACAGUUCGCAUCGAAUUUUGGACAUUCUUCGCAUACAAUAUCGGAUUUAACAGCGUGAAAAACACCACCACCAUUUGCAUUUCUGUCUUUUCUAUAGACAGUGUAGUUGGAUGGAAGUAAGUGGGUAUAUCAUUGUGUAGCUUGGAUUCAGUUCCUCGAACAACGUCAGGGUUGUGUAGGUCAAGUAGAGCUUGAAAUUCUGUGAAACGGGAUGUACCUUUCAAACCGUUACAAUUGAUGAUCAUUCCUUUUAGAUGACGUUUAGAUUUAACUCGUUUACACGUAGGUAUUGGAUUGGGGGUUGAAGCGAAUUAUUUAUUAUUACUACUAUUAAUUAUUAUACAGAAUUAUUAAUAUUGUUUUAUGAAGCCAAUCACAAAACACGAUCAUUUUAGGUUAGUAUUGCAGUUUGCUCAAGUCACCUGCAGGUACCACUGUACCAGGUUAGCGCUUAUCCCAACAUCUACACUCCUGCAUGAUUUGAAAGAUAACACAAAGUAAGCAUAACAACAAUUGGAAAGAAGCUUUCGGUCUUCUGGUUGUAAUAUAAACAAUUAAGACGCCUGCUCAGGCGUCCACACUGGCCUUGGUUGACAACUUAUACGUCCUUAGCCUACACCUUUUCACGCAUUAUUUAUUUGGGUUCGCAUUUAUACAAGAAUUUUACUUAUUUUUAUCACACAUGGCAUAAAUUUGGCAGAUUUUGACCAAAACACAAGGCCAUUGCAAUAUCAUAUUUGACACUACAGCUUUCACGUUUCCACAGCUAACUAGUAUUGGAGCUGUUGUUGCAUACAUUUUAUUGUAUAACACCAGUAUUGUUCUCAUUACCUAUAGCAAAACCUAAUACUAACGUCCUCUUAAGACAUUAAUUUAAUUAACUGCGUUAUAUAAUAUAAUUUCAAUAUCAUCUAAACACAGUUUAUACCAAAUUAGAUACAUGAACAAUACCUAGCUACCGGCUCCACUUAUACGUUUUAACCUUUUACCUUGAACUUGUCCUUGCCUCGUUUUAUAUAUUCAGUAUAUUAUGAUUCACGAUUUCACUGGCAUUCGUCGAUCCAAAUUUUAUUUUAGGAUUUUCAGAGUGCACAAAGAAAAAGACAUUAAUAAUCUUGCGAGUUUACUCGCAAGAAAGUCCAGAGCUGGACUGCAACGCAAAAUCCAUAGAAUACAGGUCAAAAUGUUAACGAAAUUGUUUGAAACAUUUUCCCACUCCAAGAAUGGCCGUCAUUUUGAAACUGAACUGCAUAGGUCACUGGAACACUGUACACUGAGCCUGCGAUGCCUCGAUGGUAUGCCGUGUUUGCGACAACCAAAAAAACGACGAAGGUAGAAACGGGCUCAUUUUAAGAUACUGGCUCUAUCGGCCAGUGUAAUUAGUAUAAAAUAAUCAUGGGCGCAUGACAGCACUCGAUGCCCUCUUUGACUUUUCGAAGUGUGGAAAACCGACCCGUAACGACGAGUUGCCAUUGAAUUAUAGCUUACUUGACAAUUGGCAUGCCAUGCAAAAAGCUAGCCUGCAUGACCGCGACGUUCUGGUUUACCCGCGAGUCGGAACAGCCGUGUGCCUCCUUCGACUCGUAUACCAUCUAUCAUGCAGGUUAACCGAUCUUUAUAGUUUAUACAGACGGUUAGUGGGCUGUAUGUGAUCAUUCUAUUUCCUUUAUUUUAGUGGCAAGAAAUGUCCUCCUUUUAAGAUAGUUAUCUUGGAUGAAGCAGAUUCGAUGACCAGAAAUGCCCAGGUACGUGCAUAGCAAGUCGGCGUCUUUAACCUUCUGUUCGACGAAAAUAAUUGCAUCAAUUGAGAUAUACAGGGGUAUCAGAAAAAAGUAGACAAUUUUGAAAUGGCUUUCAAUUCACAAAUCCGUUCAUGUCAUGAAUUUAUUUAUAAAUUGUUUGGGUACUUAUAAUGUAGAAUAAACAAAACAUUUUCCAGAGCAGGGGGUUGUCUUUUCUAGCAGCAUUAAACAUAGCUUGCGCGUGAAAUUUAAAAGUUUUAAACGCAUUUUGAGUUCAUGAGCGAGAAAUUUGUUAGGGCCUAUGUGUUUUAUUAAUGGUCCAAAUAGCAGAAUAUUUGCUCAAUUUUAAGUUCUUUGAAUAGCCUCUGAAACUUUCAUUUUUCGGCACCAAUGCCUUUCACGCAUGAUUAAUUCAUGCGUUUACCUAAUUUGCAUAUUGUUACUUUAAAAUCUUAAAAGAUGUUUUCAAACUGUAAACAAUUAUAUGGUUUCCCGAAAAUUUGCAGUAGUUUACGUAAAAAGAAGUAUAAAAUGCACUAUUAUACACUGAUUUACGGCUAUUGAAAUACGGUUUAAAAUUUGCUGCCUACCAUCGUGGAAAGGAAGCGUAGUCCACUAUAAAUAAAUUUUCAAACCAAACAAGACGAAAAUUAUUUUUAUCCUGGACUAAAACACAAACAAUAACCUAUAGCAUAUAAUGUAAUAAACGUAUCUUAAGAAGUUCUUUGUAGGUUUGCAUGGCGAUAAAACAUAUAAUACUUUUGCUUGUGGAAACACCACGUAAAUUUAUUACUGCAAAGCUUUCGAUCCGUAAGCCCGGAUCUUCAUCAGUGCUAAUAAUAUGCGACUUGUUCAAUUCACACGCCUUUUUUUUCUUUGGUAUAUAAAGGGCGUGUGAAUUGAACAAGUCACAUAUUAUUAGCACUGAUGAAGAUCCGGGCUUACAGGUCAAAAGCUUUGCAGUAAUUAAUUUAUGUGGUGUUUCCACAAACAAUUCAAUUCAAUUCAAUUUUAUUUCACACGUUUACAAAAAGAUAUAGUUAGACAUUAAUUACAUCACAAAAAAAAUCAUAAUGGAAGGGAGAAAAAAGGGAGUUAAUUAUGGUAUUAUAUCGUGUACAGUGGCCAAAGUAGCUGAGAAGCUUUCGAGUUGGCCACCGUUUACAAAAUUGUUGUUUUGUGACUGUUUACAUAAUUGAGAAAAAAGAACAUGACGUGUUUGGUGUGGCUGGAUCAGUGUCUGGAUUCUACGCUUGGCUUAGGAUAAGUUUUCUUGUAUAUUUAGAUUUAAAUAUUCUAACUGAAGUCGACUGCUUAAUAUGCAGGUCUAUCGUUUCCCAAAUAUUGGAUGACGAAAAAAGAAAAGUGUGUUUGCCGUAAUUUGUGCGCGCUUUUGGUCUGCUAAAGUUUUGAUUUGCCGCGAAUCUUGUAUUAUACGAGUGACAGGUAGAUGCGAUGGAUAUGGAGUUUGGAUUUUAUAUGUAAAAAUUGCAAUUUUCAAUUUAAAAACAUUGUCAACGUUGAGUAUUCCCAAUAGAUUGAGGUAGGUACUGGCAUCUUCUCUUUUAUGCGCAAAGAAAAUGUUUCGUACACAUUUAUUUUGAGCAAUGCGAAUUUUGGAUAGGUGGGUAGUAUAGGUGUUUCCCCAGCUCAUUAUUCCGUAGUUAAGAUAUGGAUAGAUUAGGGAAUAUAGUAGAGUUGUUUCAACAUCUGUAGGUUCACAUAAUAUCGCAAUUUAUUAAGGAUGCCAGUGUUUUUAGAUAUUUUGCUUUUUAUGUGGUUUAUUUGCUGGCCCCACUUAAGGUGUUUAUCAAUAUAGACGCCCAGGUAUUUGAUGUAGUCUUUUUGUUCAAUCUCAUGAAUUCUGACAUUUGAUAUUUGUUUUUUAUGUGAACUAAUGAUCAUGUAAUUAGUUUUUUAAAGUUAAUAGCUAGUUUAUUAGCUGAACAAUAGUCAAGGAUUUGAAUAAAUUCUUCGUUCAUGAUUUUAGUUACAUCUUGAACAUUGUCACUGGAAUAGAAGACAUUAGUAUCGUCAGCAAAAAGUCUAAAUGAGAGUUUCGUAGAACAGUUUGGCAUGUCAUUAAUAUAAGUAUUAUAUAUUGUAUCUUAUUGUAUCAAAAGUAUUAUAUAUUGUAUCUUAUGCUAUUUAACAAUUAUUCGUUUUAACAAAUAAUUGUUUUAGUAUUUUUACACAAGCUUUUGUGUUUUUUUUUGAGACUGAAUUUAUUUUAAUUUCGCUUAUUUCUUUGUCAGUAUAAACGUCCACAAAACCGGUGGCCGCCAUUUUGAAAAUUUCUGUUUUGUUAUAUUCACCUGUAGGUCAAAUUACGUCAAAUUUAACCAAUCACAAGUGAACAUAACAAAUCCUACACAUUGAUUGGUUAAAUUGAUAUAUUAAAAUAUAUCAACUUGUAAAAGAUCCAGUCUCAACGUUAUUUGGUAUUAGAAAAGUUCCAUCAUUCGUUCACAUACAUAAAUGCAUGGUAAUUAGUGAUUUCUUGUGGCUUUCGGAAGCGACUUCAAAACUAGAACUAAAUUUACUUUUUGCUCAAAGUAAACAUUGUAUUGUUGCGCAUGCGUUGUACUAGAACGUAACUUAACAGAACAGAACAGAACAGAACAAAACAAAACAUUAAUUCAAAAAACUAAAUUGAAAUUACUGUUUAAACCAGAACUAAAUUAAAUGUAAAAACAUCGAUUUACGAAACAAUUGGCCAUAAAAUGACUAUUUUCAGGAUUUUGAAGUGAUCUGAAACUUUUGCACAUGAAUAGGGAGUCGUAUACUUCAAUUCAUCCCAUUAGUUUUGCAAUCUAAUUCAGUCAAUAUCUUGUAAAAUUUAUAAAGGCUGCACUACGAAGAACAAUGGAGAAACAAAACAAAACUACCAGGUUUUGUCUCAUUUGCAACUAUGUCAGCCGGUGAGUAGUGUCAGAAAAUGCGAUCAAUGCUAUGCCCACCUAUGCUCGCCCGCGAUUAUUAACUUUAGACUGUGCUAGUGUAAAUAGCCAAGCGGAAUUAGUACCCUCGCCCUUGGCUUACGCAUGAAGUUCUUCUUAUUCAACAUUCACUGUUCCGGAGGCUCGGGGACAAUAAUGACUUUGCGUAGAUAUUCUUAUAUUUCUUCACAUAUAUAUCUAUGCAUGAAAUGUAAUAAUUUCAUCAUUCUUGAUGAUGACUAAAAUCUAGUCGAAACAUAGAAUAAACAUAGAAUAAACAAUUUUGAAAAUGUUUAUCUUUUCGAAGCCACUAUUAUUUUGUAUGUAAUGAAGUGUAUACAUACAGCGUAAUGAAGUGCAAUACAAUGAAAAUAUUUGUAGUUUCUGAUUGAUAAUGACAUAAACAAGUGGUUUACAUGCAUGUUUGUAACUUUCUCAUCUGAAACAUGUUUUUGUCAACUAUAGGAUUAUCGAGCCUCUUACAUCAAGAUGUUCCAAGUUUCGUUUCAAACCUCUACAUGAUGAAAUUCUUGUGAAGAAGCUGAAAGAAAUUUGUGGGAAAGAAAGUGUUCUUUAUCAAACUGGAGUAAGACCCAUUUACUGUUUUGCAUAUACUGUAGUAAUGCUUAGAUUCCCAUCAUUGUGCACAUGCAUACUGUAAAAUAUAAUCCUACCUGUUGCAAUUCAGCUGCGGUUUAAUAUAAGCUGCGGUUAAUGAUAUUAUUUAAUUAUCAUAAUUAUCGUAAUAAUGAUAAUGAUGAUUGUGAUAAUAAUGAUAAAAAUAAUAAUGAUAAUAAUGGUAAUGAUAAUUGAUGAUGAUAAUUGAUAAUGAUAAUUGAUAAUGAUAAAUAAUAAUGACAAUUGACAAUGACAAUUGAUAAUGAUAAUUGAUAAUUGGUAAUGAUGAUAAUGAUAGUGAAAAAAGGUUAUUAUUAGCAGUAAAGAAUGGGAAUACCAGAAGAAAAAGAUAAAAAAAUAUGGGAAAGGCUGGAAAAGAGUCAGAAGGACCUGGUCAUGAUUUGGUACGAAGAUAGUGGUUGAAAUAUUUCAGGAGCUUACAAUCAAAACUAAGUUGAUAACCUGAAAGAGUGUUUAGAAGGGGCAAUGUACCUACUUGGAUGAGAAAAGGGGGGACGGUAUUAAUUCAGAAAAAAACAAGAAAAGGGAAAUAAUCCAAUUAAUUACAGACCUGUAACAUGUCUGCAUGGCUUUAGUGUGGAAGUUAUUAACUGGAAUAAUUGCUGAAGAAAUGUAUCAUCAUUUAAAUUCAAAUUUAAUUUUGCCCUUUGCGAAAAAGUGCGAGAAGAACCGAUGGCCUGUUGUAUAGAGAUGGGGGUGAUUUUGAAAAAAGUUAAGCAGAGAAAAAGAAACAUUGCAAUGGGGUGGAUUGAUUAUCUUAAAGCAUUUGAUAUGGUCCCACAUCCGUGGAUUUUGGUGUGUCUGAAUACAAUGGGAAUAACCAAGGAAAUACAAAUCUUACUUCAGGAAAGUAUGAAAUCACGAAGGAUAGAGUUGACAUAUGGACAAGAUCACUUGGUGAAAAUAAAAUGAGUUAUAUUUCAGCGGUGAUUCGUUAUCCCCUGCUGUUAUUUGUAACAUCGCUCAUUGUUUUACAUGGACGAUUUGAAGCUGUAUUGCAUUAAAAAUGAAAAAGAAUUAGAUUCAUUGAUAAAAACUGUUAGGAUAUUUAGCGAAGAUAUACAGUAAGGAUGGAAUUUAGUUGUUGAAGUGCUAAUUAUGCAAUGCAUCAUCUUCAUUUCUAUGAUCUAUAUCAUCAUAGGUCAUCCUUCAAUCUAUGAUGUAUACCAUCAUACAGGUGCACUUUUAUGUAUGAUGUAUAUUAUACAGACACAUUGAUAACCUGACCCUCACUCCACGCCCAUUCCAACCCCUCCUAAUCGGAGGUACCUAACCCCUCAUCCUCAAGGGAGAGGGUACGAAAAUCUUCCCACCCUGGCAUGACCUACCUGGCUACCUCCCUUGUAAGGCGAUGAAGAGGGGGAAGAUGGUGCUGUAUUUUGUGUUUUAUUCUACUUCGAGUUCAAACAUGUGUAUAAUAAUUCUACUUCGAGUUCUAAAAUGUGUAUAGUAAUUCAAAAUCAAAUUACACAACAAUCAUACAAUUCGUGGGGGCCGGGUCAAAUCCGGCGUGGUUGACCACGCCACUAACUACAUCAUUUCCGUUCGUUUGUGUGUUUCUAAGCAGAUGGUUAAGACGGAUGGAAUCAAGCUAGCAGACAAGGAAACAGAAAGCAAAUGUAGAAUCUGUGGACAGGCUGACGAGACAAUAAAUUUGGAAAUAUCCCAAACGUUCGACGUUAUUUUAACAGAAAUUUAACAGAAAAUUGGUGUGAACACCAACCGCAGCGCAUUAUGGAGAAUUAAUUAUGACGGGAUUUUGAUGUUCAAACUGACCAUGAGAUAGAAGCUAGACGCCCAGAUCUAAUAGUAAUUGACAAAGCCAAUAAGCAAUGCAACAUCAUAGGUUUUGCGAUCUCAUGGAGAGAGAAAAAAACUGAAAAAUAUCAGAAUCUGUCGAGAGAAGUAAAGAUCGAGCUUUAGAAUAUGAAGGUUAGAGUUAUACCAUUGGUUAUAGGUUCGCUCGGAACUACACCUCCGCUAAUAUCAAAUAGAUUAUAAAUGACGCUGGUCUUUGUACAAGAAUUGUAAAUCUGCUGAAAAUUGCCAUCUUUUAGUCUGCCAGAAUUUCGCGUAAAGUACUUGAGAUUUGAGAUUUUUAACAAUUAUACCAUGAGCUCGAGUCGUACGUAUAUGAGCUGAUAGCCGACGAGGUGCGUAGCACCGAGUCGGCUAUCAGCCAUAUACGACGAGAGCGAAUGGUAUAAUUGUUUUAUAAAAUAAUUAUCCUCUGUUACAAUGUCUUGACAAUUUGUUCGGCCAAAAUCCGCAUAGCCUUGAAAAUUUGAAAUACUUUUGUUUUUAAUACAACUCGAAGACGAGGUGAAAGAAAUGGUUUUAGAACCGGUAUAUCUCACAGAAAAGCUCAGAUAUAUUAUACAGAUGUUUGGUAGUAUAGUAAGUGCUUGUUGACUGCAAAUUCAUUUGUCUUUCGUUGCAAACUUUUCUGAACAAUUUAUAUUCUCAAUGAACAUGUUUUUUUCGCUGUUGUUUCGGUAUUAAUUCUUUAAAAAAAACUUGUAUUUAAACUAAUUUCUAUGUAAUAAAUGUAUUUUGCUAACCUGUCAAAUUUUUUUGAGAGUUUUUCCUUGUACUAUUAUCUUUCUCAAAGCGAAUAUUUUCCUUUUUCUGCUUCGCAAAACUCAUGUAGUUUUUGGACCGCCAUCUUGUUUUUCGCUACUCACCGUAAAUGAGCUGAUAUACGGCGAGUAAUUCAACCAAUCAGAUUGCAGAACAGCUCAUAUACGGUGAAUGACUAUAUUAUAAAUUAUAUUAUAAUAUAUUUAUCUUGGACAACUUUCCCCAAUCUAACUUCUCUCUACAUUGUAAAGGUCACUUUUACUACUUUUUCACUGUGCUGUUUGGUAUGAAGUCGAACCGGAAAGCACUCUUCUUCGCUUGCCAACUAUUUGAAAUUAUAGACAGUCUGAUAACUGUAUACACCGAUCGUAGAGGUGACAUGCACAUGGGCUAAUAACACUGCACUUAAUUCCCCAAGUUUGUUUACCCCCACCUCCUCUAUUUUUCCCUCUAUAUUUGCCUGUGAAAUUGUUAUGGUAAAUGUAUGUUUUUCUCUGUGGUAAAGGUCAUAGAAGAACUCGUUAAAGUUUCCGAAGGAGACAUGCGAAAGGUACAGUAAAAUAAUAAAUAUUUUAUCAUUUAUUGUUUUCUACAUUUUCAUUGGCUAAUUAAUUUUCUGAAGAUGUGCAAGAGAAGUUUGCUGAGCUCUAGACUGCAAAAUUGCUAUGAAACUAGCCUACACCUUAGUGCAGAAGAACCGCUAUUGCCAUAGUCAGGGGUCUGCGUCCACAGCACAUAAGGUGAAUGUUAAGAUGCUACUUUCAAUUUAAUAUUCUUUUCAAUUUUCAAAUGUUUAUCAUUUGUCACAAAAGUAUUAUGUAACAGGAGGGGGACUGAAUGCUGAACAUUAAGGCGCGGACAAAGUAGCGCGGGUUACGGUCAUAGUUUUAAGCGGAAUUAGUUUGCGGAAGUCGUACCGCAUAUACAUACUGUAAGUGGAUAGCGAAAUAUAUAUACCAAGAUAUACUUUCACUUCGUGUUUUAUGUAUCUAAGGGGCUUAAAAAGCCAACGAAUUUUCGUUUUUAAAUAUGUUAAAGUACCUACAUGCAGGCGAGCAAAGUCAUAGGUAAUACUGGUAGUAUCUGGAGGAAAUAAAAUAAAGCGAGAUAAUAAUUACUGUGCAAUCCGUUCUGCCACAUAAAAGUGCAGAACGACGUCAGGAAAGUUUAAAUAAUAAACAAAGGUAUUUUCAAAGAUUCUUUUAUUUUAUUCUCAUGCUUUUUUCAACGACUUUUUCUUUGCACAGUCGAAUGUCUCUUUAUGGACACUUCUCAAUACCGGACAGUUUGCAUUCUCGUGUAUUUUCUUUAAAAUGGGCCUGAGCACAGACCUUCGUAAUUCGAGGGUGGGAUGGCUUGGGCAAAACGAAGAUCAGAGGAAAAUCCCGCCAAACUUUGUUAUUUUGGGGCAGUCAUGAGAUGAUUGACAUAAUAAUAAUAAUUGAUGUUUAUUGAAACUCUCUUGCAGUAUAUUAACACUGAAUUAACGAGUCCAAAGUAUUACAAAAACUAUAUUUCCAUGAAUACAUACAACUGUUAAAACUAUGUAUAAACAUUAAAAAUAUUUAAAGGUAAAUAUUUAAUGUACAUUGCUAGUAAUAGUUACUAACAAAAGACGUGCUUGUGUAAUUUUCGUUCACUGAUCAUCACCAACGGUAAAACCGGUUAGACUGAUAUUUUUCUUUAAACCUUCUGCUAUACGCGCUACGUUUAUCACAUGCAAUUAGAAUCCCCCAGAUGUGUAACAAAUUUAAAUACAGAACAACAGUAACUCAGAAUAUGAACAUUUUAAUAUUUUCUAGCUUUCGACUACGUUAUUAUCAGGAACGUAUUUCUCAACGUCAUUAUUCUUGAUGAUAUAACCACUAUAAAUAUCGACCCCAUGGCGCAAGUGCAUAUAUUUGUAUACGCACAAAAAUUACUGUUGCCAUAGAGUAUUUUAAUUAAACACUUGACAAAUAGAUAACAUUUGGCGGUUGUAUGUCUGUUCUGUUAUAGAUGCACGGUAUGACGUCAUAAUGUGGUAAGAACAAUCAAAAGCCGUUGAGGAAAGGUAGCCCAUGCACUUAUGAUAUCAUAUUGUGUAUAUCUAUAACUGAACAGACAUGCAACGGCCAUGUUAUCCAUUUGUUAAGUGUUUAAUUAAAAUACUCUAUUCGGCAUUAGUAUAAUUACAUACGUGAUUAUUGACAAUUCUCCAUGCUGAUUCCUAAGCGAUUUUCGAAAUGGCGGCCGAAGUCGUUUUGUCAAUUAAAUGACGAAGAAAUGUGUAUUUUUAUUUUUUUCCAAAUAAUCACCUAUGAAAUUCUACUAAAAGUAGUAAAACAAUUAUUAUUCACCUUAGGCUCGGUGAUUAUCGUGAAUAAAACCUCGACUUCGUCUCGGUUUUUAUUCACCGAUAAUAACCUAAUUGUUAAACAGUAAUUUUUGUGCGUACAAAUUAUAUAUACACUUAUAUGGCCAGCUCGAAACAUACAUGAAGUUUGUGUGACGUAAUUCCGUAAUAGAUCAUGGUCUGCUUGAAUUCUUAAGGUUAUCAUAUAAAAAAUCAAUAAGACCCAUCUACACGAGACGAAGACGCAAUUCGUUCUUGCACUUCGGUUACACCUCAACUUCGAUAUCAUUACAGUUUUUAACUGGUUUUGACGAACAUGUCUGCUUUUUGUUGCUAUAACGUUCGAAAGUGGCUUGGAAACAUUUAGCAAACAUUGUCCUGUGUCUUUUUAUUCCGAAGAAAUACACGAAAGGAUUACAACAGGAAUUUAUAAAUGUGAAAGCGGUCAACCAACGCCAAGCUGUGUAUUUAUCAUGGUCGGUUAAACUUUUGUCCAAGGUUGAAUAUACUCUGUAGAAGCAAUAAGGAAGAAAAGUUACAUAGAACAAGCACAUGAUGGUAAAAGAUGUAAAUACACUUUUUCUUAAGUAAGAAAAUCCUAGUCGAAAUUCCGUUUGCAGAUUUGAAAUAUUUUUCGUUUGCUUUCUUGCUGUUCGUAGUAAAACACCAUAAAUGACAGAGAGAACGACAAGCUGAGCGAACGAUAUUGCACAUAAAAACAGUUCGUAUUGAACAUGUUUAUCAGUUUUGUAGCUGAAACCAUGUAAGAUUCCAAAAAGAAUAGCUGACAUCCACGAUAUCGCAAUGAAAACCGAGGACACAUGAGAUGUUAUCAGAAUUUUAUACCUCAAUGGCCAAACAACAGCCGUAAACCUAUCAAGCGCGAUGCAUAUAAUGCCAUUGCCUGUUGCAAAAAUGCACACAACAUAUAGUGACGUGUAUAUGCGUCUAUGUUCAGUCCUUUCUUGUAAUACGAAUAGAUGUGUACGCCAAGGGAGAUAGGUUGUUAAAGCAAUGAGGUCGGAUAUAGCUAAAUUUAAAGUCAGCUUGUCCGACGGAGUUCUUUGUUUGCCGUGACGAGAGAGAAGAAAAUAUACAAUUACACAUAAAUUUCCCGUAACUCCAAUCAAUAUUUGGAACGACGUGAAAGUUGCCAGCCAUGUUGAAUUGAGAUGCUUGCUGUUUUCUGUCGACAUUACUGAAAAGUAGCUGCUACUGAUAUUUAGAAGUGAAGAUGACCAUUUAUUUCGGUGUUUAAGACAUGCAGUAAGCAUUUUUUGUCAACAUCUUUACAGUUAAGAUCAAAUAAAAUGGGCCAAUAUUUUCAUGAACAGAUGUUAUUUAAAAUGCACAUGAUACCAAGGUUUUCCAUUUGUCAUGCGUCACCGGAAGGUAUCUUGAGACUUAUCAAGAAUGGCCCAAUAAUGCUCUAGUUAAAUACCUUGUCACUGGUGUGUUGUAAUGACAACAACUUGAACAUUCAAAAAUGUAAUGUGGAACCUCAAGUUAUAUUUUCUAACAUUAAAAUAUUAUUUCAGUAUGUGAGGUACGUAUACUAAGUAAUCCCCAAGCCGACGGCGCGAAGCGCCGUGCAAGGGUACUAAUUCCCCCCGGCUAUUUACACCCGGGGAAAGGGAAGCAUUAGCCAAGUCUAAAGUUCAUCAAUGAGCGCGGGCGUCGGUCACCAACCGUGGGUGGUCAUCCUCACUGAUCUCAAAAAUAUGGCUGUUUGCCAGGAGUGGGAUAAGCAAGAUUUCAAUUUUCAAAAGCAUAUAUUUGGAAAAUCACGUUUCACACAAUGAGCUUUGAAGCAAUUUUUGUUUGAAGAAAUGAGAAGAAUUGAUUUACUGUGGAAAAUCGUGGAAUAUAGGGCAAGUUUGCUUUGAAUGUUUAAUGUUUAUGAAUUUUGUUGCUUUAAUUUAUUGCGUAAAACAUGCACUGCUUUCCUUUUCAAUGAAGCUGUAUUAAAGUUUGCUAAAUAAUUUACCCUGUUUAAUUUAAGAAUAAAAGGUAAAAUGUAAAGGAGAGUAAAUUCAUUUGAAAACCGAACUGAAAUUACUCAACAAUUUGAACUUAUUUUGUUUUAUAAACUAUAUAAAAACCCGUACAGUUUUAUAUCAGAAAAAAGCAGUUUAUAGUUUAAUAUUAAAAUGAACAUUUCAAAACAUUUUACGAAGCGAUUCACGUUAAAUUUUACAUUAAAUCAAAGCUCACAAAAUGCAAAACAACAUACCUACAGUACAUAUUUCGGAAAUUCAUUGUUAUAUAGUUAAAAGCAAUAAUCUUUCAACUAUUUUUGGCGUGUUGUACAAAAAAUAUAAUAAAAAUUAGUGAUGGACGAUUAUCGAUUACUUGGUAUCGAUACCACCCGAUACCAGGCCCAAAUCGGAAGUAGUCGAUACUGCACGGUAUCGAAAAAGUGUUUUGAUCACUUUUUAAAAUUAGACAUUUAUUAUAAUUCUGUAGUUGUGUCGUCGUUUUCAUGGCUAUUUCUAAUAAAAUUUAUGUACUUUUUUGUAUUUUGCUGCAUUUACCAAUUUAAUCAAACUUUCCUUUACUUUAUUUGACAUUCUAUCCACUUCCCUGAUUAAUAUUCCGGACCUCGUCGACAGAAUAAAAGAUGAAAAAAGCGGGAAAUAACUUAUAAUGGUGGAAAAUUCUGAAAUACAAUCGACGUCGUAGUAAUCGUUUGGGGAAUCGAUACCUCAAUACUUUUACGAAAAAGUAAUCGGUAUCGAAUCGAUACUGGUGGUAUUGCCCAUCACUAAUAAAAAUUAAAUUUAUCGUGUUGCCAUGGCAACACUGACGUAAACGUGAGUCUGCGUUCAGUCACAGGUUCAGUGUUAAUCAAUUACUAAUACUUCAUGUUAAAUCAAUGUUUGGAAAAUACAUGCGAGGGGUUGCUGCAUUUAUUUAUUUACAAUUUACACACGGUAACAUCUCAACCAUAGCCCUAAAAUAUCUAUAAAAGUUAUAAUAAAUUUUUGAAAAAAUAAAAAGGUUGAUUUUCAGAUGGCCGUGUAUCUUCAGAUAUUGAUUUUUAGAUCAGUCCGGUAGCUCUCACGUUAUUUUAGGUGCUGACGUGAUCAGCUUGCAAUAAUACCUUUUUUGGACGGAACAUCGCUUCAAAAAGGUUUUGCAAGUGUAGAACCGACUUCCGAAGCCCGACAGUCGAUCGACAAGCUUGUAAAAAGGCCGCGAAACAAAAUGGGUUGUAGUAGAUUUCCUUCUCUAAACAAAGAGGAAUUGUUCAAAUUAUUGUCAGAAAAAAACCCAGCGCAUGAUGAAAUAAUGUAAAAGUAUCCUGAACAAGCAGACAAUUUUGCGAAAUACAUGCAGGCUAAAAUUGGCAUGGUGAAAAACGCAGGUAGCGGGUACCGGGUAUCAAAAAAUAAAAAAGGCAAUAUCAAAAAAGUAAUAAGAUAAAAUAAACUAGAAUAAGUAUUAGUACAAAGAAUAAAACAUCAACGAAACAAGAACAAACGCCCGCAAUACAAAAAUACGGUGUUCAGUUCAGGAUGCAUUCUCCCAAAAUAAAUACUUUAUUAAAUCUUUUUCGCCACUGUAUUUUUUUACAGUCAAAUAUACAUAACAUGUUACCAGACAACGUACGUGACUAGAAUGGGAACAGGACUUUCGUCCCAAUUAAUACCUGACCCCAAAUAACAGACCAAUGUGACCCCUAGAUCAUAUAAACAGGCCCUGAUAUGAACCCAAACUGACAAAAUUAUUCACUGAAGCACGGAUUGCAUAUUUUGGUUUGAUACGAAGGUCAAAUAGUCAGUACUCAAAAUAAUUACAAUGUGUUCAUCAACCUAUGAUGAUGGGAUACUGAUAAUGAUGAUAGUCAUAAUGGUGAUGAUGGUAAUACUGAUGGUCAUCGCACAACGGCACAACUUGAUAAAUAAAUAUUUUCAGCGAGAUUUUCAGUGUACGGCGUAUGCGUCAAAUAUUUCUGGUCAAUGAAAACUAUUAACAAUACGUAGAUCUCCAAUUUGCUGUAAAAUUCUAAAAACAUACGUGAAGAAAAAUAUAAAUACAUUCCAAUUUACCUUUAAAUUGUCAAACAAUAGGCAAAAUAGUAGUCCUGGUAUUAAAUUGGUUUUCGAUUUGUUAUUAGACAGAUUUAGAUCAAGGACGAGGACAUGCGAUGGAGUAAUAUGAGGUGAAAAUGUAGCGUUAUCUUGAUGGCGACGUCACAGAAUAAAGACACACAGUAGGUCGACUGAGCAAAAAAAGCGUAACCGCUGUUACCCCAUGAUUCGCAAUGAUUCGUCAUCAAAAUGCUGACGCCAUGGUCCCAGCCAUUGCGCUUAUGAGAGGAAUUCACCCGCUUGGACGUUCGCCAUUUUGAAUAUUUUCAGGGGGCAUGAAUGCCUCUAAUAAGCGCACUGGCUACGACCAUGUCCUCAGCAUUACAACGGUUACGCCAAAAUCAUAGGCAAAACCAAGAAGUCGACCUUCUGUGUGUCUCUAUUCUGUGGCGACGUCGUUUCAGCGAAUUUCAGGACGCCAAAAGCAACCUUUCAUGUCGUGUUUAGGAAGUCCGGUUUUUGUGUUUAUUUUUCCCUCGAAAAAGGUACGUACACAAUGAAAAUCAUGUAAAUAAUUUUUAUUAGUCAUUACUUUUUGUUACAUAAACAAACUAUCAUAACAAACUAUAGAUUUAGCUGUUUGCAAUUGCCGGCAAGCAAGAUUAUUGUUAUCUCAUUCUUAUAUUUGUACUAUAAAUCAUUUUUUCACUAAUAUUGUCUACUCUUUACGGUGUUAAGAUUACUUGUUACAUUUAAUAUUAGUUUUCAAGUGGAUUAGAUUGUAUCGAUUUUACCAGUAACGUGCUAUAAAUACUGUGCAAAGCAUUUCUUAAAGGUGAUUUCUGUGAUUUUUUUAGAGUCAGUGCUAUCGCUAUUGAAGUUAUCGCUUUAAAUGGAAGAAUAUCGCAUUAAUAAAUAAAUUAGGCGAGACUUUUUUUAUUCAUUGGUUUACGGAUCCGCCGACCGUAAAUAUUCAGAAAGUGAAAAAUAAAAAAAUAAAUUUUGAUACAACAAUUUUAUGAUUUUAGUUAAUUUUAGUUAAUUUGGGUUCUGGCAUGAAGUACACGCCAAGUAAACUUUGACUCUAAGUACUGCUGGCUCAUGUUAUCGUUGUGAAUUCAGUGUUGUCAAGUCCGGGAUUUUAUCCCGAGAUCUCUGGAUUUUUUUAAGCAGUUGGGAUUUUUUUUAGAUUUUUAUUUUAAAAAGUCAAUCUCGGGAUUUUUUUUUGGAUAUUUUGAGAAAGGGAAGUUCGAAAUUUAGAAAUCUAUUUGUUGGUAAAAUUGACCAAUAAACAAUUUUGUUAAAAAUCUAGGGUUCGUCCGCUCGUAUUUGAACCCCAUUCAGCUGCAUAUUUAAUGUCAGUUUUCGUUUUUACAACAUGACGUACGAGGCUAUCCUACCCGAAAUUGACGCGAAAACCACCUAAAUAAUAGUGACGUAAAAAAAGAUGGAAUACCGGGAAUUUUUAGGGAAUCUCGGGAUAUUUUGGGAGCUCACUUGGGAUUUUUACAAAUUGGCAACGCUGGUUGUGAUAAUAAAUGUGGAGAUUAGGGACCGGUCAAUAUUUAUGGCGGGGGGUGGCACCGAAGAGAAAAGGGUUGGGUAAACAAAAUUUUGAGUGAGUAAAAGGUUGGGUAAUUGAAAAACAAAACAACUCAGGGGUUGGGUAAUAAAAAAUUAUUGUCAUUUUCAAAGCAUGAUUCACUAAAAAAUUGGAGACUAACGGCAAUGUCGACAGUAGUCAGUCAUAUGUCAAUACAAUACCGUAUGUGAAUCAAUCAGAGUCACUAUCUCUUGAUCAUUUUCCGAUUUGUUGGGAGACCUGCAAAUGGUACCUCCAAAGAAAGUACAUGUGCAGACAACAUGAAACUUACAAUCCAUUAUCUAACUCAUGUGACAGAACGUCACCCUAUUGUAAAGGUUUUGGCCAGGUGUGGGUAUUUAUUUUUAAAUUGAUAUUUGAGGUUGGGUAAUCAAAUUUUUGACUUUUUAAUGGUUGGGACAGCAAAAUGUUUGCCACGAAAAACAUUUCUCUUCGGUGCCACCCCCCACCAUAAAUAAUGACCGGUCCCUUAGACAUGUUUUUCCAAGUAGAAGUUAAAUGUUUAGAAGAUAAAAACAUCGAUUUUAAAUAUACACAGUGUGUGUUUUUUUAAAAAAUUUUUCCGACAUACCGACCUGGGUUUUUUUAAGUCAAAUCCGUAAACCAAUAAAUAAAAAAAGUCUCGCCAUAGUAAUAAAUGAAAAAUGAUGUUGCUAUAGUACUGCUACUAUACUUCAUAAUACUUUACUAGGUGAGGUCCAGUAUGGUAUGGUAUUCAUAUACUUUACUAGGUGAGGUCCAGUAUGGUAUGGUCGAAAGCCAAAGACCAGGUGAAGGUAGUAGGCUACUGAACUAACAGAGGAUAAAAUUUGCUGGAAGAGCUCAUUGAUAUAGAAGACGAGACUGACCGGCAGAUGGAAAGUGAAAAUGUAGCGAGAAAUCAGAGGACGGAAAGGACUGAAGAGACGAGUGAAAGUGGUGGGCCAGUACAAAAGAGAAGAAGAUCAGGGGAAAUGAUGGAAUGGCUACAAGAGAGGAUAAAAUUGGAGAGAGAAGAAAAGGCGUUAAACAGGCUGAGAAGAGAGAGUAUAUGGAAGGACAAAAGAUGCAACAUGUAGAGAUUUUGCAAGUAAUGCAGCAAACCAUCCACACUUCCCCCACAGAAACUUGUGCCAUCCAGAGGGGAAGGGCCGAAAACUUGUUUCUGAUAAUAGGCUAGUAAGUGUAUCAGGACACACGAAGGCGUUAACGUCCAAUUUCCUGCGUGGGGGAGGUGUGAAUGUUUUCUGGAAUGUCCCAUUUUCACAAUUUUUUUUUACUAAUUUUCAAUAAUUAAGUUAUUUACAUCAUAAUUAUUGACUAAUGUUUAAAUUAUGAAAGUCAGUUAUUUUGUAUAUAAAACAGUUUCAAAACAAGUUCAUUAUUAAAUAAAUUGUUUAAUUGCUGCAAUCAAAACUCGUAUUAUUUGAAAAUAUCAAUAUAAAGUUUAUAACCGUGGCUGCAUGCAUUAUUAUUUUAUAAUACAAUAAAUUCACAUUGUAAAUUGUUCUUGUAAUAUCUGUAAUGUUGUGUUUCUAAUUUAUGUAACUGUAAUUGGUAUAAAUAAAUGUUUUUGUUGUUUGUUGUUUGUUGUUGUUUGUUGUUUAUUCUUUGUUGUUUGUUUUUUGUUGUUGAUGGUGUACUCAUAACCCAUUAUUAGAUAGAGACAGCCAGAAUUGUAUUGUGACUACAAUACAGUCGAAUUGUCACAAUUGUAUUGAAAAGUCAGAAUUGUAUUGUAAAAACAAUACAGUCGCCAAAAGUUUUAAAAUAUUUAUAUACUUUGGCGAAAUGGUUUAAAAUAUUUACUGAACACCAAGUAUUUUUGUAUUAACGACUUGCGGGCGUUUGUAUUUGUUUUGUUGAUGUUUUAUAGAAUACGUUUUUUGUAGUAAUACUUAUUUUAUUUUAUUUCGAUUUCACAUUAUUCUUAUUUUUUGAUAACCGGUACCCGUCACCCGUAUACUGUUACCCGCGUUUUCCAUCAUGCCGACAAAAUUAACAUAUAUACUCUGUCUUUUAAAUUUUUUUACCAGCAUACGAUUUUACGAAAUACAUGAUAAAACAAAACUCCGAAUAUUCACAUCUUGUAAAUUCAAGAUAUGAGCUAUUGAAAACAAGAAACAAAACUCAUGAAUAACAUUGAAUUUUAUGUCUUGUCAGUAGUUCAUAUCUUGAGUGUACAAGAUGUACAUGAGAACGAGUGUUUUGAGUAGCUUAAAAUACGACUACAAAAGAUGAACAAUUAUAUAAUGCCACAUGUGACAUAUUAUGGCUGACAUGAUUUGCCACAACUACAAGGUUUAUGAAUUAAUAAUGAGUAUUUUAAUUAUUAUGUUUUCUUUUUCAUUUAUCGAUUUAUACUAUCUCAGACCUUCCAUUUGCAACUAUAGGCCAUUACUUACCUCCAAAGUGCUUCGAGAUUGAAAGGAGAUGAAGCAGUCACAAUACAAGAUAUCAUAGAAAUCUCUGGUGUAUGUAUCUCAAUAUAUCUCUGGUGUAUGUAUCUUGCUUUUAAGGUCCGGACGCGAUUCGACAACGCGACGCGAUUUUUCGAUUUUGACUGACCGAUAACUUUGAUCCUAGUUUGAAUUUUUCGAAUAUUUAGAACUGCUAUGACAUUUUGAGUUAUUUGGUCUACAUAUCUUUCAAAAUUUGCUCUCAUUGACUGUGUUAUUAACUCGGCAAAAAAUAAAAAAUCGCAUCGCGUUGUCGACUCGCGUCCGGUGUGUCUGGACCUUUAAACAUUUUGUUCCUCACUACAUCAUUUUGAAGAUUAACCACGUCAAAUUUGAUAGGGUUUAAAACUGUUUCUAUAGACAUAUACUGUAGUCUUACGGCAACUAUCAGAUCAAUAUUUAAGUGCUUAUAUAAAUUAAAACCAACAUGUUGCUUUCUGGAGUCGCGAAGAAUGGUGACACCGUUAUUGCUUCACUAUUUUCAACAAAAGCUUGAUGCUGGAGAUCACGAACCAUCAGUUUAAGAAGAGUAUAGAUUUAAGAAUCCUUUGCAGACCUAACAUAUUUCCUACUUGAUAUUUUCAAUGCACGUGCCAGUUUUCUUCUUUCCUCAAUUUGUUCUCUAAAUUUGCCAAAUUUCUAUAUACAAACGUCACAAUUUUGAAUCUUAUUAAGUCCCCCCGCCCGUUUCGCCGCCACUGUUUCCAAUCAGUUCAGUUAAUCUCAACAGCAGUGCAGAAUUUUGUAACAAUAGUGCAAACAUCUGUAAUAAACUGAUCAGAUUGGUGGAAAAAGAAUGGGACCUAAAAUCAACCAAUCAGCUUAAAGCAGUCUUCAACUGCCGCAGAUUGCUUCAAAACAAAACAAAACAAACAUGGCGGCCGCGCUACAUAAAGUAUGAAAAAUAUGCUAAUUUAUGCUAAUUGUAACGAACAUCGCUGAUAUCAUUGGCUGAAUUUAGUUGAUUGGUAUAUAAGUUAAUUUAUUCAAUAUUUGAAAAUAACACACGGUUCGAUGUUUUCAGAAUGUUUUUAUUUAAAAUAUAAUAUUGCAAAAGUGUGACAAUACAUUCAUUCUUCGUUCAGUAAAUCAUUAAAUCAAUUCACAGUGGGCUCAACUACUGUCACUAACAAGUAUAAAAUAAUCAAAAUGAAUAAACUUACUUUAAAAGGUUUGCAUAAAUUCUUCCCAAGAAUAUCGAUAAAUAUAUUAUGAAUGGAGAAAGAGCAAAAAAAAUGAUCUAUAUGAGGUACUAUAGAAUCCUGUUAAAAUCAUUUAGGGAAAGGUUUAUCUAUGUUAUUUCUUUACUAGAUAUCUUUGUUCGUCUAAGAGAAUGCUAAAUACGUUGUAAAAUAAUCAAAUUAUGUCGAAAUGGUUAAAUUAGAAGCAUUUUAAAAAUCAUGUGACCGGUGUUUCAACCCUUCUAUUAUUUUAUCUAUUAUUAAUUAUGCUAUUACCUCAUACGCGCCCUCAUUACUUACCUGUUGAGGAUUCUAUAGUACUUCAUAUAGAUUUUUUCUCUUUCUCCAUUCGUAUCGACAUUCUUGCGAAGAAUUUAUGCAAAUAUUUUAAAGUAAGUUUAUUAUUUUGAUUAUUUUACACUUGUUACUGACAGUAGUUGAGCCCACUGUGAUCAAUUUAGAACAAAUAUCGGGAUGUUGUAGGCCUAUUUUCCCUCGAGCUAUACCUGCUCCACUACUUAGAGCUGUUGUUCCACUUUGUUUAUGCCCAGAUAUGGAAUAACAUUACCGGUUUUGUUUGUACAUGCAAAUAUACCGAUUACUUUAUAACGCCCUUGUCUGAUAUUUUUAAAUGUCACCACUUGUGUGUCGAUCAAAAAAGAUCACUAAAUUAUCAAACACUUCAAACCCAGCGUGAAUCCCUGGCAUAUUAUGCAUGUGUGCUCUCAACUUAUCAGUAAGAUUUGUUUGAUAAAUUCGAUUCGACGAGAAAAUACUCUUCUAUAUAAGUUUUAAAACGGAUUUAUUGUACGCUUUAACGAGAUUUAAGAGACAUAAUAUUUGUACCACGAAAGAUAAUUAAUAUGUAGUUUUGUAUUAACCAAGUGUGCGUUGACCAGUUUUACCGGAAUUUCGUGCAGGCUCUCCUUUCCCUUGACCUUGUAUUACGAGAGCCGCUACGCAGGCUGAAAAUUUGUCGAUUUUAGAUUGUCCCUGACAUUGUCAUUGACGCUGUUCUGGAGUCUGCUAAUUCGAGUUCGUAUGAAAGAUUAGAUUCUUCUGUGAAGGUACGGUACAUGCACAAAAUUAAUAUAGAUUGCCCAUAUUCUGGAUCUGAUAUGGAUCGAAAUCUACAUAAUGUGUUUAAUCCUAUCCAUAUUUACUAAAAGAACGAUAUUCUAUCUGGAAACCAUUUUGUACUUUUUUCAAACAAGAACAAUUUGAUUUUAAUUCACAGCGACUUACUUCCAUCUGCUUGCAUGUUGUCCACUAUUUUUUUCUGUGUUGGUAUGUUACUCUGAGUGUGUAUCCACACCGGGCAAGCUUGAAAAAUAUGCCUGGCCACGGUGGGAAUCGAACCUAUGACCUUUGGAAUACUAGCCCAAUGCUCUGCCAACUGAGCUACGCGGUCAGGUCUGUUCGAGUAUAUGAUAUUUCGAAACUGAAUCUAGUUCCUUCGAUAUCAAUGCAAUCUAAUAAUCAUGGGUUUUUUUCCGUGUUGGUGUAAUGUUUACACAUUACAUUACCACUGAAAAAAUCAGUAACAUCACUCAGAGUAACAUCACGAGCAUGUUGUCCAUUGUUGUUGUUUGAAUUAACUUUCUUAAAACCAAACAGUAACACUUGCAUUUUGUGUCAAUUUCUACCAGGACAUAAUAUUAGAAGGUUAUCCAGGGGCUCAAGUUAUUAGUCAGGUAAAAUCAUUUAGAGUUUAUGGUCGUAUAAAGGGUGCUUUACCAGAUUCGCGGACUAUAUUGCUUGUUAAGACUUGCUUGAAGGAAAUAAAUUAUAUUAUGAAGCUGCAAAUAACCUCAUAUAGUAAUACAUGCUUUUCCUCAAAUAAAAAGUGUGGCUAAUCUUGUUUCAUACUGUUGUCCUUCUAACUUAACAAACUCUUUAUUCUUCGGUUUCUCCUCCGCAUUCCUAAACCCUCAAAUUUUUGGCCUUAUUCUCGUAUUUCAUUUUUAAAGUUCAACUGUUUUUGAAGAUCUUAUUCGUAACAAGUUUUCCAUUUUUCUUUAGAUCGUCUUUAAUGUAUUCACCUUUUUUAUACUUUCAUCUUUCGUUUUAUUUACCUUCCUUUUCUUCCCUUUUAUUUUACUUUUUCCAUCUUUUCCCUUUUAUAAUUCUUUUUCUUCUUUUACUUUUUCCAUCUUUUCCCUUUUAUAUGUCUUGUGUUCUCACUAGCCAAUCCUUUCUGAAAAAUGUCGUCAUUAACCUUUUCAUAAUCCAAAUAAAAGUAAAAUCGACAGUUACAAAUGAAUUUAAAAUAUUUUGCUGGAUCGAGGUUUGCGAAGUACUAUACAUUCUGUAUAGGAUUGUUUCAAUGAUUUGAAAUAAUUCCAAUUGACAUACUGUAUUUAAUAUUAUGUAUAAGUUUAAUAUAUUUUAGAUACACGAUCGAAUUGUUGAAAUGGACCAAAUCACUGAUAAACAGAAGUCCGUAAUCACCGAAAGACUAGGGGUUUGUGUUUUUUAUAUACGACAAUAUAUAUUACGAGACUUCAUACAAUAAUAGAAGAAAUUUUACACCACUGUGUUUGGUUGAUUUCAGUGCAGGUAAUCCCAAACAGCUGUACGAACAUUUGCAACUACAGAGUAAAAUUAUUUUACAAACUUAUCUGAUAGAUCGAAAGACAAUGGAAACUGAAAUAUACCAACCAACCUAAAGUAGUUUUCUAUCAACAACUUCAUUGACAAACUUUGUCUUUAUUAAGAAUUGAGUAAACAGAAAUUGGUGAAUGCUGAUGCAAAACAAUAGAUAACUUAAGAUCUACGACGUCGACGUCCGCUACGACGUCAAGACUGAGCACAGGACUGGGACUAGGACGUCGUCCUACAUAAACAAACAUCGACAUUCACUGAUUCACGACGUCGACCUUUACAAUUAGCUUUCGUUGGUAGUUGCAUCCCUACCAACGAAAGCUUGUUAUUAUUGACACUACCUACAAGAAGAUACAGUGUCAACGAUGGUCAACCUCAAGAGAUUUUCCCACAAUCUCCAGAAUGAAAUGGUAAAUCACAUUACAUUAUAUUUACCGUCUAUUGCUAAGCUUCUUUACGCCUGUUCGACCUUACUCUACCUAAAACUUUUAAACUCGUUUCUCCACGCUUUUAAUCGUCUUUUAAGUUUGAUUUUCACUCGCCUAAUAGUCGCCGCCAUAUAUCUCGUCUUGUCACGAAGGCUUGUUAUGAACACAGUCGGCGUUUGACGCGCAUUGCCAUUGAUUUGAUGUCUAAAUAUGUUCAGACUUUAAAUUCGGGGAUUUCGCAUGUUAAAUCCAUAUUGUCUUCCCCGUGUCCUUCAAUUUUAAAAAAGGACAUCCAAUUCAUUCGCGUGUUGAAUUCUAGACUUUACUCGUUUCUCCAAGCGAGCAAAACCUCUAAAUUCAACUCUUUGUUAGGUAACCGUCUCGUUUCGGCCAAUAGUCACACUAGCUCAGCCGGUGCAUGGGACCAAUUUAGUUGUCACAAUUCCUCCCGAUUUAACCUUAAACGACUCUGAGGCCAUCCAACCUUACUGACAUUGAAUUUAGUGCCCUUCACUAAAUAUGGCGCCUUAGUAGUUUGAAGGGCUGAUUUAUAUCGCAAUGAAGCCCACCGACAAUUGGGAGACACCACGUUUUACAGUACGGUUGACAAGGAUUUGACAUCCACUCAUCAAACCACAAUUUCUAAGACCAUUCACCACUGGUGAUCUUCCUGCGACUGCCAAAAACCUCAUCUCCACCAUAUCUUGGGUACUUCUUGCCCUUGGGUACUUCUUGCCCAAAAUUCACAAACCAGACAACCCAGGUAGACCCAUCGUCUCUGCAUGUGGUUGUCCCACCGAACUCCUCUCCAUCUCCAUAAGUGGUGGGACCAAAAUGGGUCCCAACUAUGCUAAUUUGUUUUGUUGGUUUUGUGGAAAAACAAAUCUUCGAACAAUACACUGAUCCCAUCCCUGAUUACUUUGAUUGGUACAUAUAUGACUAUUUUGCAACAGCAUCAUAUUCUCUUGUCGAAAUGGAAUGUUUUAUUAACUUUGUUAAUAAUUUCCAUCCAGCAUCCCGGUUUACACGGGAGAUCAGUGAGGCCAGUGUAUCAUUAAUUCUUAGAUAUCCUUGUGUCAUUCAAUGGCAAUAAACUAGUUAUUGCUGUGCUCUACAAGCCACUGACUCCUUCUCUAUCUUCCAUCCCCCCUCCUCCCACCCCCCUCCUAACAACACCAAAAGGUCGAUUCCCUUUUCUCAGUGCCUUCGCCGCAUUUGCAGUGAAGAUGAGGACUUCCAAGCCAAAAGUCGGGAAAAGAAACACUUUUUUGUCCAACGUAGCUAUCCAACCUACAUGUACCUCCUCCCAUCUCAUCUACUGCAUCUCAUGCUUUAUGUUGGGGAAACUGGAAGAUCUUUGAGGACAAUGUUUGGUGAUCAUCAGUCAUUGGCAAUGAUGCUAACCAGCCUGUUGCCAGACAUUUUAAUACUGGCAAUCUGGAAGCAACGAUAGCCGCAAAAGACACGAAAUGUGCCUCAUUUCCAAACUUGGCACUGUUCACCCCUAUGGCACCCCACUUGACACUGUCAACACACUGUUCACCCCUUGGCACUCUUCAACCCUAUGAACGUUUGUAUUCACUAAAUCCGUCUGAUUGGUUCAUUUUUUGUCACGUGAUCGCUUUUAUACCUUAGUAUAAAAGCUUAAAAGCUCGUGUAAUAUUCCCGACCCCCGCUAUUAACGAAGGGCCUUCGCUCGAAACGUCGAAUUUCGCUUUGUAUUUUUCAGGUAGUUGCAUCCCUACCAACGAAAGCUUGUAAAUGUCUAAAUCCUUUUGACGAUGAAUUUUAAAGAGACGCGUGAAUUCAUUGCCAAUUUUUGUGCUCUCGAAUCCACGACGGCAAAACUCAUGCUGUAAAGUUGUCGAUGUUUGAUGGAGGACGAGCAAGUGAGAGAGACGCAUUCGCACUUCAAAAAAUAUUGCCAAUUUACUUCCGCUUGCCGUCUUAGAUAUUGGACGUCGGUAAACCGUAGGCUAUCUAUUUAUUUAGGACGACAUCCUAGUCCGAGUCCUCUGCUCAGCUCGUACAUCCUAGCUGACGUCGACGUCGUAUAGAUCUUAAGCUAUAUCUAAUGUUCAGCAAAGCAGUGUAAGCAAUUUCUGCCGAAGCUCGUAAUUUGAAAGAAUAGUUCUUGUGUAUUCAUAUUAGUAAAUUAUAUACAAAGAGUUCUCUUGAAAUUUGAAUAAAACAAGCACUCGCGAAUUUUUCAGUCAGUACUGCCAGUGCUGGAAAAUGUUAGGCAACACCGCUGCCAGGACAUCUCAACAAAAUAUCUUCGCAAGAGAUUUUCUUGCAUCUUGCAGGAAAUUUUUGUCAUCUCAUAUACUGGAAUUCCAUAUAAUUAACUUAUUGUUUGCAAAAGGUUUUUGUGUUGUGCCGAGUUUGAUAUUUAUCACACAGUGUGACACCAUACAUUCUCUGAAAUCCAUACAUAUAUGCAGGACGUUUUAUAUUUGAAACACGAUAUUUUAUUUCGGGAUUUUGCUGCCAGGAAGAGAAGUCUAUUUUCUACGCCUGGUCAGUGCUACGUUGAUAAUGCUUGAAAGACCCACUCGUACAUAUUUUAUUGAAAUUACUGAUUCUAUUGUCUUUACUAAUAGGGACAGUAAAACGAACUGGAAGGAAAUUAAGAAAAUCACCAAUAUUUCAGUAUGUUCUUAUAUUUUCACCAUUUCUAGAUCGUUGAUAAAUGCUUAUCUGAUGGAGCAGAUGAAUACCUUCAGUUGCUGGAUUUAAGUUCCACUAUAAUGACCCAGUUUUGCCAGGCGGAGUCUUCUAGUUAGAUUCUAGUUAGAAACUAUGAACGGAAAUUUUUUUUUGUUUACUGUCGUCAUCCUUAUGUCUAGCAUAAUUAUCUAUACGAAGAAACUAACUAGUGUUGCGUUAAACUCGUGCUGAAAUGUUUUGGUUCGUAAACAGGAACGGUAUUGAUUAAAUUAUAUCCUUGAAAUACCUUUAAAACAUGACGGAACAUUGUAAAGAAUAGCGUGAACGACAUCCAAUAAAACGUGUGUAUGACUAAGAGUCCACCUUACCCUCACUUGUCAAUAAAGCGCUGUUUACACGAAAAAAAUAAAAUAACGUUUAAUAUAAAGGUCUUUUUAAAAC